AUGUGGUUCCAUGUGGAUGCUGCAUAUGCUGGAAGUGCUUGUAUAUGUCCAGAAUAUUGCCACUACAAUGAUGGUGUUGAAGAAGCUGACUCAUUUAACAUGAAUGCACAUAAAUGGCUUCUGACAAACUUUGAUUGUUCUUCACUCUGGAUCAAGGCACAACAUUCUGUUUGCACUGAUGGCCUUUUGUUUAUAUGUCUCGCAGGCCAUCCCUGGGUUCAAGUUGGUGGUGUGGCUCCUGACAAGCCUCUCGAUUCUGCAAUAUUAGGUCGAUUAAAGCAAUUCUCUGCAAUGAACAAGCUCAAGAAAAUGGCUAUUAGAACUGUGGGGCUUGCGAGGGCAAUGAUCACGCAUAGUUUAGAAGUAGAGGGCUUACUUGAUGCAGUGGACAUUGUUGGAACAAGUGGUGAUGGAGCAAACACAGUUAACAUUUCGACUGGAGCUUCAAUACUUCCUGCAGCUUGUGGUACCAAAGUUGCAAAGCAAGGAAAUCAUUCAAGUUCUUCAGCAUGUGGAAGUACCGAUGUAUUAGAAGAGUUGAGGAUAGUUAUCCACCUGGAACCUGAGGUUGAUGUUGUAGAUGUAGAUAACAGUGGAACAAUUGAUUAUGGAGAGUUUGUAGCAGCCACUUUGCAUUUAAACAAAAUUGAGACAGAAGGUCAUUUGUUCGCGGCAUUUUCCUACUUUGAUAAAGAUGGAAGUGGCUACAUUACUCAAGACGAGUUUCAACAUGCUUGCGAGGAGUUUGAUGUAGAGGACAUCCGGCUAGAAGAAAUGAUGCAAGAAGUUGAUCAGGAUAAUAAGUGUUUGCACAUUAGUAACAAGGUUUUAGUUGCUGGCAUAGUUUGGUGGCCAUAUAUUUUCCCAAUGUCCCCAUUGAAGGGCCUUAAAAACAGAAAGAGGUCUUAG